AUGUUCGCUGUUUUAAAGAAAAAGCUCGCUAGUGGGUAUUCAAUCACUCUCAACCUCAAAGAAGCUUUGGAAUCUGUACUGCCGAAGAAAUCGAACUCCGAUGCAUCCACAGGAGUAAUAGAUCACCCCCACCACCAACAAAAACAACAGCCUCAGGACCAGCAGCUGCACAAGUUACCGCAAGAACCAUCCCAGGACAAAAAGGUUGCCGAAGAUGAGCCGAGGCCUACCAAGCCUGAGUGGGUCGUCUCCAUCAAAAAGCUUGAGCAACUUUGCCUGGAAGACGUGGAGUCCCCGGGGCCAAACCCCUCAAUUUGCCGGAUCCCGCACUAUCUCAAGGACGGCGAGGACAACGCCUGGGUCCCCCAGAUCGUCUCCCUUGGGCCGUACCACCACGGUAAGGAGCACCUCCGCCAUAUGGAGAAGCACAAGUUGCGCUGCCUCCACCGCAUAAUCUGGCGCACUAAGCACGAGAGAGACUUCUAUCUAGAAUCAGUGAGGGAGGUUGAACAGGACGCUCACGGCUGCUACGAGGGAUCGAAAUCCAUGAACAUCGAGGAAUUCUUGAAUAUGAUGGUUCUCGAUGGUUGCUUUAUGAUCGAGCUGUUCCUGGGGUUCACCAUAGGGUUCGAAAAACUGGGCUACCCUCGCAAUGACUCCGUCUUCUCAACGUGGAGAUCGAUGCACAAGAUUCGGCGGGACAUGAUCAUGCUCGAGAAUCAGAUCCCGCUCUUCAUACUUGACCGGCUUCUCGGCCUUCAGCUUGGUGAUCCUAACCAGAAGGGGCUCGCGGCCAAGUUGGCGCUUCGGUUCUUCAACCCUCCCCAGCCGACGGACGAUCCUCUGACUGAGGUUAGCAUGAAUAGAAUUGAUAUCGACCUGGUAUCUGACAAGUGUAAGAUCCAUUGCCUCGAAGUGUACCGGUGGAGCCUCUUGCACCCGAGCCAGAAGCGGGUGGGGAACCAGAGCCCGUCGCAGAGGCAGCAACAGCUCAUCCACUGUGUGACCGAGCUUUGGGAAGCCGGGAUUGAGUUCAAAAAGAGGAAGACGGACAAGUUCUGGGACAUCCAGUUCAAGAACGGGGUCCUCUAUAUCCCUAAGCUUGUUAUCCAUGAUGGUACGAGGUCACGCUUCCUCAACUUGAUAGCCUUUGAGCAGUGUAACUUCGAUUGCGGCAACCACAUCACCUCGUACGUAAUCUUCAUGGACAACCUGAUCAAUUCCGCCGAAGACGUCAGGCACCUCCACUCCUGUGGAAUCAUUGAGCAUUGGCUUGGGAGCAACACCGACAUUGCCAACCUCUUCAACCGGCUUUGCCAGGAGGUGGCCUUCGACAUCAAAGAUAGUUAUCUCUGUGGACUGUCUGAGGAGGUGAACAAAUACUACAGCAAUAGGUGGAAUGGCUGGAUAGCCGGUCUCAAGCACAAGUACUUCAGUAAUCCCUGGUCAAUCAUUUCGGUCAUUGCUGCUUUCAUUUUGCUCGCGCUUACUUUCACUCAGACCUUCUAUGGAAUCUAUGCCUACUAUAGGUAGGGUUCUUGAUUUCUCCUAUAGUAGAAACUAUCUUAUGAACGAUUUAGGAAUGAUAAAAUUCUGGCGAAAAUCUAGGAAUUAGAAUAUUGGCUAAUUGACUAUUAGUAGCCGAUUGGCAGAUGAAUGCUUCAGAUGUAAUGAUCUCGCCUCCCAGUGAAAGAGAAACUGUGC